AUGACAACUAGAUUCGGUAACUCGGAUAUCCAUUUCAAUAAAGAAGUUGAUGAAGUUGAUGAAGAUGGUGUUUUGGUCAUAAACAGACACAACAGAGCACAAGCUAAGUUCCCAGAUUUCUUACCAACCUGGGAUCCAAGACAAAAGUAUCCACCUUUGAAAUUUGAAAAAUACAUUGAUCCUGGUUCCAGAGCCGAUCCAUCUUUCCCAAACUUGUUUCCAAAGGAUGGUGACUAUAAAGUGACCAGAAUUACCCCUAAAUUCGGAACCGAAGUUGAUGGAAUUCAAUUAUCACAGUUGAAUGAUGCUGCAAAAGAUGAGUUGGCCUUGUUUUUGGCUCAAAGAAAGGUUUUGUUGUUCAACGACCAAGAUUUUGCUCUGUAUGGUCCUGGUUUUGCUGUUGAGUUUGGAAAAUAUUUUGGAAACUUGCACAUCCAUCCAAGCUCAGGCUCCCCAAGAGGUCAUCCUGAGUUGCAUAUUACAUACAGAAGACCAGAGAAGGGUGAAUUGGAAAGAGUUUUCCAACACAGAACCACCAACACAGCUUUCCACAGUGAUGUCACUUAUGAAAUCACUCCAAGCAGAUUCACAAUUUUCCAAGUGUUGGAGAGUGGUGAUGGUGGUGACACAGUUUUUGCUGACACAACUGAGGCUUACAGAAGGUUGUCUCCAGCCAUGAAGGAAAGAUUGGAGGGGUUGCACGUUUUACACACCAGUGAGGAUCAAGCAGCCAACUCUUCUUACCAAGGUGGAGUUGAAAGAAGAAAAGCAGUUUCCAAUAUCCACCCAUUGAUUCGUAUUGAUCCUGUCACCAAGGAAAAAUCCAUCUAUGUCAACAGGGCCUUUGGAAGACGAAUUGUUGAAUUGAAGAAGGAAGAGAGUGAAUACUUGUUGAAUUUCCUUUAUGACCUCAUUGAAAGAAGUCACGAUUUGCAAUUGAGAGUCAACUGGGAAGGUGGUAAGAGAAACAAGAUUGCCUUGUUCCACAACAGUGGAGUCUCCCACACUGCCACAUUCGAUACAGAAGAUGGUGAAGUUAGACACGCGUUCAGGAUUAGUGUGUUGGGAGAGCGCCCCAUUGGAAAGCUCGAAGAUUUGAACAAGGAAGAGUACACUGCUGGUGACUUGGAACAAGCUUUGAGAGGAAUCAAGCCAGUAUAA